AACUGGCUGACUGAGCUGGAGAUCUUUGCCAUGAUCUUUGCUGCUGCCGUCCAUGAUUACGAACACACAGGGACCACUAACAACUUCCAUAUCCAGACCAGGUAAUAUUCUAUGACAGCCGUAACACAAGCAGAAAAUAGCACUCAGCAAGGGGAUAAUUCAUAGGCCAGGGGCAACGAAACAGGGAUGGGAACUCAUUGUUAUGCAUUUAGAGAGGGGAUGAUUAAAAACCGUGAAUGGCAGUUCUAUUCUAAUUCCACCUCUGCCUCGUGACGGCGGCCAUUGUUGAGCCUAAUCCUCAAUGCACAACAAGUUCUAAUUAAUAACAAAACUCUCUGACAUUUCUUUAGGUAUGAGUUUUAUUGCAAAACAGGUCAAUAUAAGCUACAGUGUAUCUAAACUACAUGAAGUACCAUAUAGAUCAACUCAAAUGUGAUGAUAAUAAACCAUGUAUUGGAUUAGAGCAGGGGCUUUAUAUUUACCCCAUCGAAAUAUAAUUACUAAAACAGACAUUCCCAUUCAAAUCAAACAAUGUUCCAUCAUUCUAUUUCUAUGGUUUACCCUCUCCUAACUGUGUUGUCUCAGGUCAGGCACGGCCAUCUUGUAUAAUGACCGUGCAGUUCUGGAGAACCACCAUGUGAGUGCUGCCUACCGCCUCCUACAGGACGAUGAUGAGAUGAACAUCCUCCUCAACCUGUCCAAAGACGACUGGAGGUAGGCGAGACUCAGAGAGUUCGGGACCCUGGUGGUAGCAGGGCCGUGCACAGACCUUUUGGGGGGCAUGUACUCAAACAAAAAAAGGGCACCCCUGUAAAACAAUUCCCACAACCGCAGUCAGAGACUUGUUGAGCAAUUAUUAGUUUGAUUAUUUCAUUACAUAAAAGCAAUAGACAAGAUAGAUGCUAUUGUUGUAUCAUUUGCUAAGAUUUGGUUAACAUGCUUCAUGUGUGUCAUUGAGAAGAGGGUAAAGCAGCACAAUCUGAUGAGUUAAAGUAUUUGGCAAAACGAUUUUCAACUGCAAUAAAGGCUGCACUUAUUAACAAUAACCAACACAAUUCCAGUCAAAAUAGAAGAUUAUAAGAAAUACUGUAGCCUACCAUUACUAUUUCCAACCCAACACCAUUUGUUGCCUCUAUCAUGUAUCCUAUACUGGCUGAAGCUUUGAUCCAGUGGAAUAAGUUUUGAGGAGCAGGGAGGUUGAAGGUGACUUCAGGAACACAGCUGCUGCUCUACACUAUCCCUAAAUAAGACAGUAAUGAGAGCAAAUGAAUAGAAUAUUGUGAGAAAUACUGUAGCCAACCAUUACUAGACCAUAUAUUGCUUUACUAUAGCCUACCAUUCCCUAAUAAGCCAGUAAAGAGAGCAUGGUGAUCACUGAUGAUGACUGAUAACGUUCUUAGCAAGCAGACUAAUUAGGCUACCAUAUGCUACAACAAAAUGGCUAGCUAGCUAGAUUACUUUUUUUUUUUUUUACAGAUUGUGAUUUAUCACCAAUGCUCAUAAAUAAUGACUUCAUAAUCUAAUAUCCCUAAUCUUAUAACUUCAUAGUUUAAUUUAAUAAUUAUGUCAUUUAAAAGUAAUUUCAUAUUUCAUAAUAACUCUAUAGUCAUAUAGCACAGAUCUAUUAGCUACACGCAUUGCUUUGCUUAACAUAAUUAAAAUAUGUAUUUUAUAUGCAAAUAAUGUAUCGGCAUAAACAUUAUGAUGACGAUGAACAUACACUAUUUCAUAUUCAUGGUAUAUGGCUGACUGGCAAGUGGCUUGUGUGGUUAUUUUAGUAGGCUAACGUUAUAUGGUGGCUAGCUAGCUAUAGGCUACCUGUGUUGCUCCUUCCCUGACACAUGUGCAACUCCCGGCUGAAGGGAUAGAGUUGAGUCUGAGGGUCGGUGAUGCAGCCUCUCCUCUCUCUCUGUGUCUCUGCUGCACGUAGACUUAUCAGCCAACCAGACUGGAUUUGAUUAUGUAAAGCAGCAAGUUAGCAGGUCACUCACAUUGUUAAACUGCUCAAUUAUGCUGCUGUGGCAGUGGUACUGAUAUUUAAACUAGCUAGGUACAUUCUUAGAAAAAAAGGUUCUCCCGAUAGGUGAACCCUUUUUGGUUCCAGGUAUAACCCUUUUUGGUUCCAGGUAUAACCCUUUUUGGUUCCAGGUAGAACUCUUUUGGGUUCCAUGUAGAAACAUCUGUGUAAAGGGUUCUACAUGGAACUCAAAAAGGUUCUACCUGGAACCAAAAGGGUUCUACCUGGAUCCAAAAAGGGUUCUUCAAAGGGUUAUCCUAUGAGGACUGCCGAAGAACCCUUUUAGGUUCUACAUAGCACCUUUUUUUCUAAGAGUGUAGCUAGCUAUACACUCAACUCGACCGGUGACCACGGGCGGCCAAUUUAACGACGACUUGCAGGCAGUGGGUUCAGAUCAGAAAAACAACGACAAAACUGUUUUGGGGAAAGUAUACCAACAUACAAAAGGGCACUUUGGAGACUGGAAGUGCAAAGGGGCAGGUGCUCUGCACAGGUAGAGCACUAUCUGUGCACGUGCCUGGGUGGUUGAGAUGGUGUUGGCCACAGACAUGGCCUGUUCCUCUCUCUAACCUACCUCUAACCUGUCUGUCUGUCUGCUCCUCUUUCUAACCUACUGUACCUCUAACCUCUCUGUCCGUCUGUCUAUCUGUCUGUCUGUCUGUCUGCUCCUAUCUCUAACCUACCUCUAACCUGUCUGUCUUUCCACUCCUCUCUCUAACCUGUCUGUCUGAACUCUCUUUAAUCUACCUCUAUCAUGUCUGUCCAUCUGUCUGUCUGAUCCUCUCUCUAACAUGUCUGUAUGUCUCCCCCUCUCGUAGAGAGCUACGGGCCCUGGUGGUAGAGAUGGUACUGGCCACAGACAUGUCCUGUCACUUCCAACAGAUCAAGGCCAUGAAGAACUUCCUCCAACAGCCAGAGGCGUGAGUGACUCUUAUUUAACUCUAUAAUUACCUAGACAAAUAAAUCUAAAAUAGCACCCUGUUCAUUGUAGUAGACCAUAGUGCCAGUUCAGAUUGGCCCCAACACUCAUUACUCCCCACACAUUUGUCCUAAACCAUAGCCUGCCCUACCAUAAAUGCACUAAUUGAUACCAAAAAUACAAUAACCCCAAGCUGCUGUCUCUCUGAUCAAAUAUCCAACAGCCCAAUAUUGCUGAGACGUGUAUGUUGUUUUCUUAGACUCCUGACUUCUGUUAUAGUCUCUCUGGACUCUUGUUCCUUGCAUUUAUGAUAUAUUAUUUUCAAUCUUCUCUGCUCUAUACUGUUUUACUCUGAAGGAUUCUCAAGCCCAAGGCCUUAUCACUGAUCCUGCACACAGCUGAUAUCAGCCACCCGGCCAAGAACUGGGAUCUGCACCACAGGUGGACCACAUCACUCCUGGAAGAGUUCUUCAGACAGGUCAGUCUAUACUAACCCCUUACCCCAGACCUCUAACCCCUAAACCCUGACCCCUAACACCUAAACCCUAACCAUCACUGGACCACCAGUAGGAGUGCUGAUCUAGAUCAGGGGGACCUGAUCCAAGAUCAGCACUCCUACUCUGAGAGGCUUCAUGAAUAUAAUAAUAUGCCAUUUAGCAGACGUUUUUAUCCAAAGCGAUUUACAGUCAUGCGUGCAUACAUUUUUGUGUAUGGGUGGUCCCGGGGAUCGAACCCACUACCCUGGCGUUACAAGCGCUGUGCUCUACCAGCUGAGCUACAGAGGACCCUGGUCAGAUAGGUGUGGGACAAAGUCCAGUCUGCCAAGUCAGAUACGUAGUGCUGGCAUCUUCCUAAUCCUACUACCUUCCCAAAUAAAACAGUGUGAUAAUCCCAAUAUUUUAAUCCUAAUCUGGUCUCGUUUUCAUUCCUUCCUUGCUCAACACUAAUCCCAUGAAUCUGAUACUAGACUACCACUCCUCUCGCACUCUCACAGACAAGAAGCAGAUCUCAAAAUAGCGAAACCUGAAAAAUCAGGUUUUAGAGUCAUUAUUUAUAAGAGAUAUUGGAUGGUAAUUUCACAAGGUAUUUCACAAGGACAUCCAAUUUCUUUAAACAAAAGGAGGACAUUACUCUUUAUGAAUUGCAUAAAUUACAUCUGUGAUCAUUAUGAAUAUAAAGUGACAAUGAGUAAUAUAGCUGUUCUUGAAAAUUCUAAAAAUAUUUAUAAAAUGGAAUGAAUUAUAAAAUUGCAUUGGAUAUUAACAAGUGCAUGAAGAGACACCCCAGUGAAUUUUCUACCCGGAGUCAACCCGAUUUUCUAUUAGGUGUGAUUUUAAAGUAGGAUAUCCUCCCCAUUACCAUUACAGGCUAAUUAACGCCUCACUCUGUUCUGUGAAAAUGAAAUUAGCCAGUAGUGUGUGGACUCUUUCUAGAACUUGAACAAAUUCUGCGUCCCAUAGGCCUCUGGUCAAAAGUAGGGCAUUACAUAGGGAAUAGGAGGGUGCCAUUUGGAACGGACUCAUGGUGAAAUGUAAUCAGUUCAUUCCCAGGUGCUGCUCCACUAAUCAUAUUAAUAGAAAUGUCAAGUACAAUGAAUGACCAGGACAUACCAAUCAUUUUUUACCAUACAUAGAUUUAUUUGUCUUAAAUUGGCUCCUUUGAUGUUGUUCAACAGUACUGGGAGAUAGAAGUAGAGUGGAGAGAACAAAGUGGGGUGUAAUUAUCUAGGAUAGAGGCUGUUUAACAUUCAAAUGACAGUUGUUGUUUUUUUCUCUCUGCUGGGGACAGUAAUAAAUACCCCUACUGAGGGUUGCAAAGUUCCUCAAAAUUCCCAAUUUUUCCAGAAAUCCUGGUAAGGGAAUUACGGAUUUACUGCUUAUUCCGUUCUGAUUCCGGGAAUGUUCCAACUGGGAUUUCUGGAAAACCUGGUCAUUUUGGGAAAGUUACUGGAAUUUUGGAAAGCCUACCUCUACCCCAUCUCUUUGAUAUGAAGUGCACUUACACUGUCAGAGACUGCAUUCUUCCAUGCAUAAAGACUCAGAAGCAGUGUUCACAGUGGUCAUGUCGUGUUCUCAGGGGGAUAAAGAAGCAGAGCUGGGCCUGCCCUUCUCUCCUCUGUGUGACCGCAAGUCAACCAUGGUGGCCCAGUCUCAAAUCGGUGAGUCAGUGUAACAUUGUUGUAUACACAGUUCUAUAUAGAGAGAUAAAUCAGUAGAUAGAUAGAUAGAUAGAUAUAUCGAUAGAUAUAUACACUACCGUUCAAAAGUUUGGGGUCACUUAGAAAUGUCCUUGUUUUCGAAAGAAAAGCAAUUUUUUUGUUCAUUAAAAUAACAUCAAAUUGAUCAGAAACACAUUGUAGACAUUGUUAAUGUUGUAAAUGGCUAUUGUAGCCGGAAACGGCAGAUUUUUAAUGGAAUAUCUACAUAGGCGUACAGAGGCCCAUUAUCAGCAACCAUCAGUCCUGUCUUCCAAUGGCACGUUGUGUUUGCUAAUCCAAGUUUAUUAUUUUAAAAGGCAAAUUGAUCAUUAGAAAACCCUUUUGCAAUUAUGUUAGCACAGCUGAAAACUGUUGUGCUGAUUAAAGAAGCAAUAAAACUGGCCUUCUUGAGACUAGUUGAGUAUCUGGAGCAUCAGCAAUUGUGAGUUCGAUUACAGGCUCAAAAUGGCCAGAAACAAAUAACUUUCUUCUGAAACUCGUCAGUCUAUUCUUGUUCUGAGAAAUGAAGGCUAUUCCAUGUGAGAAAUUGCCAAGAAACUGAAGAUCUCGUACAAGCAUGUGUACUACUCCCUUCACAGAACAGCGCAAACUGGCUCUAACCAGAAUAGAAAGAGGAGUGGGAGCACAACUGAGCUAGAGGAGUGCCCCGGUGCACAACUGAGCUAGAGGACAAAUACAUUUUGUGUCUAGUUUGAGAAACAAGCGCCCACAGGUCCUCAACUGGCAGCUUCAUUAAAUAGUACCCGCAAAACACCAGUUUCAACGUCAACAGUGAAAAGGCGACUCCGGGAUGCUGACCUUCUAGGCAGAGUUGCAAAGAAAAGCCACAUCUCAGACUGCCCAUCUUAAUCUUUUAUUUUUAUUGGCCAGUCUGAGAUAUGGCUUUUUCUUUGCAGCUCUGCCUAGAAGGUCAGCAUCCCAGAGUUGCCUCUUCACUGUUGACGUUGAGACUGGUGUUGAGACAGGAAUAGCCUUCAUUUCUCAGAACAAGAAUAGACUGACGAGUUUCAGAAAAAGUUAUUUGUUUCUGGCCAUUUUGAGCCUGUAAUCGAACGCACAAUUGCUGAUGCUCCAGAUACUCAACUAUCUCAAGAAGGCCAGUUUUAUUGCUUCUUUAAUCAGCACAACAGUUUUCAGCUGUGCUAACAUAAUUGCAAAAGGGAUUUCUAAUGAUCAAUUAUCCUUUUAAAAUGAUAAACUUGGAUUAGCAAGCACAACAUCCAUUGGAACACAGGACUGAUGGUUGCUGAUAAUGGGCCUCUGUACGCCUUUGUAGAUUUUCCAUAAAAAAUCAACCAUUUCCAGCUACAAUAGCCAUUUACAACAUUAACAAUGUCUACACUGUACUUCUGAUCAAUUUGAUGUUAUUUUAAUGGACAAAAAAAUUGCUUUUCUUUCGAAUACAAGGACAUUUCUAAGUGACCCCAAACUUUUGAACGGUAGUGUAUAUAGAUAGAUACAUAGAUAGAUCUCAGUGGUUCUAUAUGUCUCUCAUUCCCUCAGGCUUUAUUGAUUUCAUCGUGGAGCCCACGUUCACAGUCCUCUCAGACAUGACAGAGAAGAUUGUGACGCCACUGAUCGACGAGGCGUCUCGUUCCGGCCUCGCUGGGUUCAGACGCUCCAGGUGACACUGUCAACACACUGACCUUAUUACACACACACACACACACACAUACACACACACACACACACACACACACAUUCCAAAAUGUGAUAUAUCCAUUUUUAGAAAUGCUUGCAAAUUAACGUUAAUUAAAAAUACAUAUUGUGAAACAGAUAGAGCUAUUAUUUUUUUCAUCUUACCAUGACAUGUGUUAGUGAAAAGACAAAGAUGAUGGGGCUCCCAAGUUGUGCAGCGGUCUAAGGUACUGCAUCGCAGUGCUAGAGGCGUCACUACAGACCCUGGUUCGAUCCCGGGCUGUAUCACAACCGGCCGUGUUCGGGAGUCCCAUAGGACGUUGCACAAUUGGGUUAGGGGAGGGUUUGGCCGGGGGGGCUUUACUUGGCUCAUCGCGCUCUUGUAACUCCUUGUGGUGGGCCGGGCGCCUGCAGGCUGACCUCGGUCCUCAGGUGAACGGUGUUUCCUCCGACACUGGUUAAGCAGGUGGGUGUUAAGAAGCGCGGUUUGGCAGGUCAUGUUUCGGAGGACGCAUGACUCGACCUUCGCCUCCCGAGCCCGUUGGGGAGUUGCAGCGAUGAGUCAAGAUCGAAAAAGGGGGUAAAAAUAACAGAGCUCCAAUAGAAAAAGUAUCCAGAUUGGGUUUUAAACAGUUAUGUGUAAUAAAGUAUCAAUAUCUAAAUAAAUAUUAAAAUAAUCAAUUUGUUUCAACUAUAUUGUGCAUAUAGCCUAUCCAGAGGUUGUAUCCAGAACAGUGUAUACAAUGUGUGUUUUCUUUUUGGACAUUUAAGCAACUCACAUUUUUAAGUGUCAUGUAGGCUAAAUGCAUCAUAAUGCUCUUUCUGUUAACGGGAGCUAACAUGGCUGCCAUAGAAUGUUGUAGCAAAGAUUUUUAUAUCCAACACAAUGGGGGCAAAUGAAUCAUAGUGGGCAGAACACACAAGGAGGUGGGCAGAGCCAAGCACGAGCUAGCGAGAGCCUAUUGGCGCGUUCUAGUAUGUAUUUGCAUAUUUCCGUUAGGGAACGCCUACUCUGUGGCACGUGUGGAAUAACUCAAUUCGCCCUUGCACUCCCUCUAAACAACGCAACUUUUAGAAACUUUUGUAAAGGGUAAAGUCUACAAAACUUAGUCCACUCUGUUCGUAGCAGAUUUUAGUUUUGGAAACUGUAUGGAAAUUAUAUUGAGAUCAAAUGUUUCAUUGACGAGAAAAUUAGCAGAAUGUCGGCCAAAAUCCAUCUCGCUCCAUCUUCUCCCACUGCCACUGCCGGCCACUGGGCUUCCUCUCACCACCAUAUUUGGUAGUGAGUGGAAACCCCAACCAGAUACUUCACAUUUAUACAUCCGGUGAUGUAUAUCUGUCUCAUUGUUCUAACUGUGGUUGUAGUGUUGUGUAAAUGCAUCAUAAUGCAGAAACCUCAAUGUCCCAACUCUCUUGAAACUCUAAACACAUGACACUGGAAGUAGCGUGUUUUGGUAAGAAACAAGUGCGUUGGAUGUUUUGCAAAAAAACACAUUCUAAAGCACAUCUAAAGUAAAGGUUUGAAAAGCAUGAAAACAGCCAUAAUUCAUGCACAUAAAAAGGGACCCAUGAACAUUCAUUUCAGAUGAAAAAAUUUAAAUGUGAAAAAUGUGUGUUUAUUAUGUUUUGGAAUCAAACCCUUCAUAUAUGGAUCACAUGUAUUGGUCUAGUGAGUGAUGUUGAUGAUAUAUUGCAUGCUCAUCUCAUGUCUUGGUGAAUCUAUAACAUAAUUUAUAACCUCAUCCUUUAUAUGACUCCUGGGGAGAUGAAAUAAACAUGGAAAAACAUACAUUGACACAUCAGAGACUGGGCUGUUCAUCAGACACAGAUUGCAUCCCAAAUAGCACCCUAUUCCCUACAUACUGUAGUGCACUACUUUUGAUCUGAGCCCUAUGGGCCCUGGUAAAAAGUAGUGCACUAUGUAGGGAAUAGGGUGCUAUUUGGGAUGUGGACGCAGUGAUGCUCUAAAAAUAACAAGCCGGGGGUCCUCCAGUCGUCUGUCUAAUGAUAACUAAAUGAAGCUGAACAACAUGUCAGCUGGUAUGAGUAAUUAUAAUCUGAUUUCCUGCCUAAGGCUCUAUGGCUGUGUCUCCACUGACUGGUCUCUGUCACGUAUGGCUGUGUGUGUGUGUGUGUGUGUGUGUGUGUGUGUGUGUGUGUGUGUGUGUGUGUGUGUGUGUGUGCCGGUGCACAUGAGUGUGUAAGUGGUUGAUAAUAAUACAAUAAAAUACUUCUCAUCAUGCGAAGGUGUGUUAGUAGUCUUAUGGCUGUACACAUCAGCUGUAGUUUCCUCAAAUGAAUUGCUCCUUUUCAUCGCUGUUGAAGUCAGGCUGAGUGAGACACACUAAGAGUCAACAGACCCAUUAAGAGAGACAGUGUUGUCAGUUAGAAUUGAAGAAAUGGUCUGGGAUAAUACGUGCAUGGUGACUAGGUGACAGCCAGUGUCUGGUGGUUGAAGAGGACAGGCUGAUUGUAGCACUUAGUAAUCCAUCUCUCUAUUCUACUCUCUAAUGGUCAUCCAUUAUGUUUUUAUCAUGCCAACACUGCAUUGUGCCAUUUAUUCACACACUGAUGGGCCUCAUGCUGAACCCAGAUCAGCUCUUAACAUUUCCAUAGAGUCUAAAGAUUGGAGGAACACAAUGACUGACCACAUUUACUCAGUCAUUACAGUUUUAACACACAUUUUCACACACACACACGCACACACCACUUCCACCGCACAUGUGUAAAUAACUACUAUAAUUACUUAUAUUUAUUAUUUGUCUCUUCUUUUUUACUGGAUGCUUGUAUUAUCUUUCUUACUAGAUUUUUUAUUUAAUACUUUUUUUAUAUUUUGUUUUAGUUGCUGUACUGAGCGGAGAGCUGGCAAGUAAGCAUGUCAUUGUACUUUGAUUUGAUUUGACAAUAACACACAUGCUCUUUCACACUUGCUUGCACACACACACACACACACACACACACACACACACAAACAUCAAAACAGGCCUGACAACAUCAGCUGGGAUCAACAACUGUCCUGCUGCUACAUAAACAAAGUCAUGCCAUCAUCAUCAACAGAAUAGAAGGAUUAUAAACAUUACUUAGAACGCUCAUACAUCCCUCCAUCUUCCUCCUCACCCCUGAUCUCUCUCUCUCUCUCUCUCUCUCUCUCUCUCUCUCUCUCUCUCUCUCUCUCUCUCUCUCUCUCUCUCUCUCUCUCUCUCUCUCUCUCUCUCUCUCUCUCUCUCUCUCUCUCUCUCUCUCGCUCGAUCACUCUCUCUUCUCCGAGGCAUAUCUGGAUAAAGAGGCUUAAACACUUCCUCACUUUCUUUCUCUGUCGUACACAAACAGUCAUUCACACACACACACACACACAAACACACACGCACAUUAGCUGUAAAGUGGUUGUAAUGACGUCAUUCCAACCAGCUUUGCCCGCUAGACACACACUUGCAGAUUGUGUUUGCAAACAGCCACAUCUGUCCACCUCCUCUUGUUACUUCAGCCUCUGCAACCCAGUCCAUCUCUCCACCUCCUCUUGUUACUUCAGCCUCUGCAACCCAGUCCAUCUCUCCACCUCCUCUUGUUACCUCAACCUCUGCAACCCAGUCCAUUUGUCCACCUCCUCUUGUUACCUCAGCCUCUGCAACCCAGUCCAUCUGUCCACCUCCUCUUGUUACCUCAGCCUCUGCAACCCAGUCCAUCUGUCCAUGUACAGUUGAAGUUGGAAGUUUACAUACACCUUAGCAAAUACAUUUAAACUCAGUUUUUCACAAUUCCUGACAUUUAAUCCUUGUACAAAUUCCCUGUCUUAGGUCAGUUUGGAUCACCACUUUAUUUUAAGAAUGUGAAAUGUCAGAAUAAUAGUAGAGAGAAUGAUUUAUUUCAGCUUUUACUUCUUUCAUCACAUUCCCAGUGGGUCAGAAGUUUACAUACACUCAAUUAGUAUUCGGUAGCAUUGCCUUUAAAUUGUUUAACUUGGGUCAAACGUUUCGGGUAGCCUUCCACAAGCUUCCCACAAUAAGUUGGGUGAAUUUUGGCCCAUUCCUCCUGACAGAGCUGGUGUAACUGAGUCAGGUUUGUAGGCCUCCUUGCUCGCACACGCUUUUUCAGUUCUGCCCACAAAAUGUCUGUAGGAUUGAGAUCAGGGCUUUGUGAUGGCCAUUUUGCCACAACUUUGGAAGUAUGCUUGGGGUCAUUGUCCAUUUGGAAGACCCAUUUGCGACCAAGCUUUAACUUCCUGACUGCUUGCAAGCGCCCCCCUUUUUCCUCCAAACAUAACGAUGGUCAUUAUGGCCAAACAGUUCUAUUUUUGUUUCAUCAGACCAGAGGACAUUUCUCCAAAAAGUAGGAUCUUUGUCACCAUUUGCAGUUGCAAACCGUAGUCUGGCUUUUUUAUGGCGGUUUUGGAGCGGUUGCUGAGCGGCCUUUCAGGUUAUGUCGAUAUAGGACUCGUUUUACUGUGGAUAUAGAUACUUUUGUACCUGUUUCCUCCAGCAUCUUCACAAGGUCCUUUGCUGUUGUUCUGGGAUUGAUUUGCACUUUUCGCACCAAAGUACGUUCAUCCUGAGCGGGAUGACGGCUGCGUGGUCCCAUGGUGUUUAUACUUGCGUACUAUUGUUUGUACAGAUGAACGUGGUACCUACAGGCGUUUUGAAAUUGCUCCCAAGGAUGAACCAGACAUGUGGAGGUCUAAAAAUUUUUUUCUGAGGUCUUGGCUGAUUUAUUUUGAUUUUCCCAUGAUGUCAAGCAAAGAGGCACUAAGUUUGAAGGUAGGCCUUGAAAUACAUCCACAGGUACACCUCCAAUUGACUCAAAUGAUGUCAAUUAGCCUAUCAGAAGCUUUUAAUGCCAUGACAUAAUUUUCUGGAAUUUCCCAAGCUGUUUAAAGGCACAGUCAACUUAGUUUAUGUAAACUUCUGACCCACUGGAAUUUUGAUACAGUGAAUUUUAAGUUAAAUAAUCUGUCUCUAAACAAUUGUUGGAAAUAUUACUUGUGUCAUGCACAAAGUAGAUGUCCUAACCGACUUGCCAAAACUAUAGUUUGUUAACAAGAAAUGUGUGGAGUGGUUGAAAAACGAGUUUUAAUGACUCCAACCUAAGUGUAUGUAAACUUCCGACUUCAACUGUAGAUAAUGCUCAUUAUAGUGGAACUAGAAUCACUGGGCUGUAAACCCUCAUUUCCUCAAUGUAUUAAAUUGAGUUUUUUCAGUUCAGACAUCCAUUAGGCAUGGCUGUGAUGUCCAAUCUCAUGUAGAGAUUGGAGACCUCUGUAGAAUCUCAAUAGUUCAUUAUGUUGUUUGGUGUAUGAUAGGUCACAGGAGUGGACCACAAUCGUGGGUUCAAUUCCUGCAGCGAUCAUAUACAAUGUAUGCAACCACUGUUCUGUGGUUUAAGUCACUGUGGAAUAAAGUGUCAGCUGUGGCCAUAUUUACAGUAGGUGUGUAAGGUGUGUGUUACAGGCCAGGUGUAUGACAUUCUCUAUCUCUCUGUGUGUACAGUCUGAACAGUAUUCCAGUGGGGGAUGGGAAGCGGUCCAGUGUGAUCAGUACAGGCUCAGAGGGCAGUGGAACACUCAACUGUUCCCCGGGAACCGUCGACUAUAAGGGCUUCAAGGCCACCUGGAAUGAAGAGGUGCACCAGAACAGAGAGAAAUGGAAGACCCAGGCUGCUAAAGGUACACUGGGGCCCCUCAACCCCUCACAGGGAAGGGUCUGGCAGGGUUGGUGGGUUGGGGAAUAGGGUAUGAGACAGAAUGAGGAGGAUGAGAAGUGGAAGACCCAGGAGGCUAAAGGUACAGAAGAGCCCCAGACAGGGGAGGGGUUAGUCAGGAGGGUUGGGUCCUGGUACAAAGAGGUGCACCAGAACCGAGAGAAAUGGAGACCCAGGAGACUAAAGGUAAAGCAAAACAGAAAAUAGGUGGGUUAUGGGAAGGAUCAGUCCAAGGCCAUGAGGUGGAAGUAUUGUCAUUCUUAGGACAAGAGGCAAUGAAGACCGAAGCAGCUAAGAUCUACAGUAGAAACAAUACUCAAUGAAGACCCAAGCAGCUGAGAUCUACAGUAGAAACUCUACUCAGUGAAGACCCAAGCAGCUGAGAUCUACAGUAGAAACCCUACGCAGGAAAGGGCUUGGCUGGAGGGUGGGUGGGUUAGGGAGUAUGUGGAGUAGGGCUCUUUCACACAUACAAAAUAUAUUUUUGUUCUGACAGAUCUGGAGGAGAAAACCAAAAGGGAAGCAGAGGAGAAGGCUUCGCAGGAGGGGACAGAGGAGGGGAAAGAGUCUGGAACGACAGAAGAGAAGGAGGAAAAGAAAGCGAGGGAUGAAGAAGGUACACAAGCAGGGGGAGAGAAAAAGGAAGCGGGGGAGGAAGUGCCCAAAGAGGAGGAAGGGAACAUGGACCCAGGGGGGACCGUCGGGACCACACCAACAACAUCAGGACCGGGACCAGGGCUGAACCACUUGGACCCCAAGGAGCCUGAAAGCAGCAGCACCAGCACAGAGAAAAACCAGCAAGUUCAAAACGGUAUGUGUUAGUUUACAUUCAGUUACAGGCUCAUACAGAUAUACUCUCUAUUUAUAAUACUUGGUUUAAAGAAGUUGUGAACAGCAUCAACUUAAAGUGCCAAGUAGUGAUUAGAAUAUGGAGGACCCAAAGUUUGAGUCAAUUUGUCUGGUGGUCUUUUUGGUGCUGUCAAACUGUUAUUGCUGUUGCUUCAGAAAUGAUAGCGGAAGCUAAAGUUCUUACUGAAUCCUUGGCUGCUCUCCUGAUGGUUUAGUUGUAAAAGAGUGCCCUCUGCUGGUCAAUUAUGCAUGUAAAAUGAUUUUGAAAUUGUAUUUUGAAACUGUUUUCAUGUCCUUUGAAGUGUCGACAUUUGUGACUACUAUGAACAUGUCACUUCCUUAUUCUCUUCAAGUCUGUAUUUUAUAUUUUCUUUAAUCAGUGUUGUCUAUCUGGGGGAUGUGUGAGGCAUCUAGUGGACAGUGAACCCCUGGUCUGGAUUGUGUGGGGGGAUUGUGAUGGUUGGUGACGGUUUUUAUUUGACUCCAGGGGAAGUACCAGAGGAGCUAGACUCACCUGACACUGACUCUGGCUCUGAUGAUGAAAGUGAGAAAAACACCUCUGACGGUAAAACACCAUUUACUUUCUCCUCAGGGCGAACCUUAGCUACGUUUCCAUAAUCAAAUACAUGUCUCCUCUUCUUAAAGCAAAGAGAAGAAAAAAAACAGUUUUGGUUAUGACAAGGUAUGCAAAAAACACAUUAAAACAUUGUAGUUUGGUCCUGCAAUUCGAGUUUCUAUGAUGUGAACGGUGUACAUAUUAGGACAGCACCACACAGGACUAUGACUGACUCUCUUGUGGAAACGUGUCUAAUGUCACUCACACCCUCACUCACCCCGCCAUCCUCCACCACUUCCUCCCUCUCAAAGGCAACCUCUUUCUAUCAUUUCUUUCUUCUAUCCCUUCCCCUGAGUCUGUCAUUCACGUUACUAUUGUGACAGUGUGUUCAUUGAUCGUUAUCUACAGUCUUGUUCAAUCCUGACAGGGACUUUGUCAUUGUCCCUCUAUACAUAACAUGUUCUUUUUUUAUAAGACUUAUCUCUGAAACUCAAAGCUAUUCUUCAGAGCAAACACAAUCCCUCUCAUUUAGCUGUUAACACCCUUUGACAACUGACUCUCAAAACCAUCACCCCCAGCCUCAGUUACGAAACUGACCAUGUACCAAUUUUUGGGUCAUAAUGUCCUUUCAUUUCGGUAGACUUCCCGAGCGUAGAUGUUGCUGACGCCUGACAGAUCUUACAACACCUGGAUAGGUAUUUAAGUAUCAGCUAACCACAUCUGUUAAAGAAAUGUGUCAGUCGAUGACACAGUCGAUGACGUGGCACGCAACCAUUGGUUGUUGCGUCGCCUCGCCUUAGCUAUGGAACACGGCCUAUAUUGUCUUCAACCCCUCCCCCUCCCCAGCAUGCCAUGCAGCGGUCCAGGAGACCAGGAAGUUGGAGCAGGAAGUUUUAAGUGUGCCAUAUGUCCUCUUCCCCUCCCACAGAUAAAGAAGAGGAGGACUCUGACGACAGUAACCAUGACAGUUUACCUGCGUCUUUAGCGGCUGCAGCAGUGGUGGCUGCUCCUACGUCCAAUCUAAACUAACCGCCCAUUCAGUUCCCCAACAAAGACUUCAUUUACCAGGGGACACCUCUAUCUCUCUCUCUUUCUCUCUCUUUCUCUCUCUCUCUCUCUCUCUCUCUCUCUCUCUCUCUCUCUCUCUCUCUCUCUCUCUCUCUCUCUCUCUCUCUCUCUCUCUGUCUAAUGUUCCAGAUUGCCCUCUGCUGGAUGUGUACUGCUUUUAUUUUUGUUUAUUUAUUUUUUAACACCACACUCUUCGAAAAAAAGGUGCAAUCGAGAACCUAAAAGGGUUCUUCGGCUGUCCCCAUAGGAGAACCCUUUGAAUAACCAUUUGUGGUUUCACGUGGAAUGCUUUUGGUUCCAGGUAGAACCAUUUUGGGUUCCAUGUAGAACCCUUUCCACAGAGGGUUCUACAUGGAACCCAAAAGCGUUCUACCUGGAACCAAAAAGGGUCCUACCUGGAACCAAAAAGGGUUCUUCUAUCUAUGGGGACAGCCGAAGAACCCUUUCGGAACCCUUUUUUCUAAGAGUAUAGUUCCACUUGUCUCUGUCUCUGGUGGAAUCCUGCUUUUCCGUCCAUUUUUUUCUCCCAAAUCAAAGCUUAACUUGCCAGUCCAUGUGUUACCAUGGCAAAUGGCAGGUGCUGGUUUCCCAUUAGCCCAAACAUUUCAACCUUUGCCAUUUCCUGAGCCAUGAUGGACUUAUAGGCUCUUUCUUCCACCUGGAGAGGAGCAGGCACAUGCACAGGCUGGCACAUGAGAGGGUAAGGCCAAAGGACAGGACAGUGUUGCCCUGUGUUGCCCUGGCCUCCACACUAGCUAGGCCCUUCCAGAGGAGCUUUCAGUUGGCUCUGUGUAGCUUCCUCUGCUCCUACUCAUCACUGCACACUUCUGGUUGGCAUUUGGACCUUCAGACCUCUCUGUGUUUGUACAGUAUGUGCAUCUGUGUGUGUCGGGCAAAAUGUAAACAAGGUCGAAUCUAAGAAGGAUGUUGAACGAAUGGCGAAUCUACAUACAACUAUUAUUAUUAUUUAAACAGUGUAAUUAAUGAAUAAAGUACAACGACAUUUGUCUUGUUUAUAUUGCAUACGUAAAAUAUAUAAGAUAAACGAUUGUUAGAUUUGUUUUGCUUUUACAUUUCAUUUUGCAACUAGAAUGCACUUUCUAACUAGCACACAUUAAAAUAAAGUGAAAUGAAGUCAUGAUUACCCUCUAUCAUACAAUCUAAAUAGGAAAUCUGAAACGUAUUGGCUUAGUCAUUGAAACGUCUUCUUAUAGAGAAAUCACACAUAUUUAGUAAUACUAAGAAACAAUAUUGUGUACAGUAAUGUAUAUAAAUAUAAUGAUGUAUUGUGUUGACCUAUGAUUCUCCAGCGUUAGAAUUCCCAUAUGUUUAUUGUAAAUCUAAAGAAAAAAGUAACUAUGUCCAGAGAACCAUGAUUGAUUCAAGUUGUCUCUAAAUAGUAUGUUAUGUUAUUCUUUUUACUAUGUACUGUAGGUGAUUUAUGUUUCCGCAGUGCAGGUUUGAUUGAUUUCCAACCUUCAAAACGUUAUUGGGAUGACAUCAUACGACUGUUAUUAAGGCAGGCACCACAACCAUGUUAAUUUUACUGGGCGGGGAAAUCAACCGUUUAUAACAUGUUACAAUGCCAAAAUAUACUGUAUAUGUGUGCUUAGGUUUUGUUGCUUACUUUUCCUCUAGUUCUGGGCAUUUCUAGCUAGGCGAGUUUCCUGGUUGCCACGGUUGCCAGUUGUAUUUUUGAGUAUAAUAUGUAUUUAUUGAACAUAACAUUUACAUUUUAUUUAUGAAUUAUUGUGUAUAGUUAUAAUUUUGAACAUCUUAAUGUAGUCAACAGAGAUAAGUAACAUGUUUCUAAGACUGAAUCUGUGCUCCCCCAAUGACAUGGAUGAGUGGGUUAAUGUAUUAUUAUUUCAAAGUAGUGUGAAUUUAUCAUUAUGAGUUGGUUAUUUAUGCUUCAACUUCAAUUCCAGGACUUCUUCUGACUUUGCUUUAAGACACUGUCGCUCAACACAAUUUCCUCAAGUCUUUCUUUAUCAAAUGCAUUGCGGCAUACAAAGCAGGAGAUUUUUCCAAUAUGUGGAUAAGAAUUGGGUUGAGAGAGUCAGUUCAGUUCCCACUCAACGUUCAACUGUGAUGUGAGAACUUUGUUGAACAAACAUGGAAUCUGAUUGAUCCAUCUUGAUUUACUAAUACAUACGUUUUCUAAAAAUCAUUCACAGCAUGUAAAUAUAAUUUACUUUUUUGUGUUCAAAAAUCAAUUUGCCAUUAACAUAAUUAUUAUAUCAAACAAAUAAAUAACACAGAAAACUAAACAAACAGAACAAACACUAGGUUACUACACGUCAUGAAAUGUAGAAAGUAAAUAAUCAAAAUAUUGAAUGUUGUGUUCAAGAAGCAGACUUAUAGUACAUGUACAGUACAGUAUUGACUGGGUCAUCUUUGGGGUUUUCCAAAAUGGCCUCAAGGUUCACUGUGUAGAAAUUCCUGUUGCCUUGACCAAAGAUAGAAAAACAACAGAUUAUACAGUUGGAAGUUUACAUACACCUUAGCCAAAUACAUUUAAACUCAGUUUUUCACAAUUCCUGACAUUUAAUCCUAGUAGAAAUUCCCUGUCUUAGGUCAGUUAGGAUCACCACUUUAUUUUAAGAAUGUGAAAUGUCAGAAUAAUAGUAGAGAGAAUGAUUUAUUUCAGCUUUUAAUUCCCAGUGGGUCAGAAGUUUACAUACACUCAAUUAGUAUUUGGUAGCAAUGCAUUUAAAUUGUUUAACUUGGGUCAAACAUUUUGGGUAGCCUUCCACAAGCUUCCCACAAUAAGUUGGGUGAAUUUUGGCCCACUCCUCCUGACAGAGCUGGUGUAACUGAGUCAGGUUUGUAGGCCUCCUUGCUCGCACAGGCUUUUUCAGUUCUGCCCACAAAUUGUCUAUAGGAUUGAGGUCAAGGCUUUGUGAUGGCCACUCCAAUAUCUUGACUUUGUUGUCCUUAAGCCAUUUUGCCACAACUUUGGAAGUAUGCUUGGGGUCAUUGUCCAUUUGGAAGACCCAUUUGCGACCAAGCUUUAACUUCCUGACUGAUGUCUUGAGAUGUUGCUUCAAUAUAUCCACAUAAUUUUCCUUCCUCAUGAUGCCAUCUAUUUUGUGAAGUGCACCAGUCCCUCCUGCAGCAAAGCAACCCCACAGCAUGAUGCUGCCAUCCCCGUGCUUCACGGUUGGGAUGGUGUUCUUCUGCUUGCAAGCGCCCCCCUUUUUCCUCCAAACAUAACAAUGGUCAUUAUGGCCAGAGGACCAGAGGACAUUUCUCCAAAAAGUACGAACUUUGUCCCCAUUUGCAGUUGCAAACCGUAGGCUGGCUUUUUUAUGGCCGUUUUGGAGCAGUGGAUUCUUCCUUGCUGAGCGGCCUUUCAGGUUAUGUUGAUAUAGGACUUGUUUUACUGUGGAUAUAGAUACUUUUGUACUUGUUUCCUCCAGCAUCUUCACAAGGUCCUUUGUUGUUGUUCUGGGAUUGCACUUUUCGCAUCAAAGUACGUUCAUCUCUAGGAGACAGAAUGCAUCUCCUUCCUGAGCGGUAUGACGGCUGUGUGGUCCCAUGGUGUUUAUACUUGCAUACUAUUGUUUGUACAGAUGAACGUGGUACCUUCAGUCGUUUGGAAAUUGCUCCCAAGGAUGAACCAGACUUGUGGAGGUGUACACUUUUUUUUCUGAGGUCUUGGCUGAUUUCUUUUGAUUUUCCCAUGAUGUCAAGCAAAGAGGCACAGAGUUUGAAGGUAGGCCUUGAAAUACAUCCACAGGUACACCUCCAAUUGACUCAAAUGAUGUCAAUUAGCCUAUCAGAAGCUUCUAAAGCCAUUACAUAAUUUUCUGGAAUUUUCCAAGCUGUUUAAAGGCACAGUCAACUUAGUGUAUGUAAACUUCUGACCCACUGGAAUUGUGAUACAGUGAAUUAUAAGUGAAAUAAUCUGUCUGUAAACAAUUGUUGGAAAAAUGACUUGUGUCAUGCACAAAGUAGAUGUCCUAACCGUCUUGACAAAAAUGAUAGUUUGUUAACAAAAAAUGUGUGGAGUGGUUGAAAAACGAGUUUUAAUGACUCCAACCUAAGUGUAUGUAAACUUCAGACUUCACCUGUAGAUAUCCUAUAGUUAAAAUAAAACUAAUUCUACAAAAGGGUAAAUACUUUUGUUAAAGCUACUCAAAAUGAUUUAUUUUUCUCCAGAAGGAAGAAUAUUUGCCUUAAAAUAGAUACGUCUUUACUGCUCACUUCAGUGUUGCCCUGUAGAACAGUCUAUAUGUCUAGCUUGCAAGCUUUUGUGACAUCUUUAAGGGCAAGAUCUUGUCAGUGUUUAGUGAUUGUUGAUACUUUGUGGCAGCUAUCCCUUUCAUGAUUUCUAAAUGUUGUUUCUUGUCAUACAGAGAGAUAGGGUCUAAUGUAUUUUUUUAUUUUACCAUUACAUUUAUUUGUAUCUGACCGCUACCCUGUGGUACUAGUUCUGUCUUUCAAAAUCAUACUUAGUCAUGCAUGUUCACUGGAAUGUGGACCUUUGUCAUAGUGAAGAAUCCCUGAAGAAUGUAAAAACAUUCGAAACCCAUUUUUAUGGCCCCAUUCUCACGCCUUCAUUUAUUAUUUUAUGACAUGUAAUCUUUGUGAAUUGUCUCCUUUUACUUCAACUCAAAACCAGCAAUCUCAUGCCUUCCUGAAAAAAGCAUCAUAUACUGUCAGAUAUUUUAAUUUAUUAAAAAAAACGUAAUCGGUCACAAUCCUUGCAUUGAAAAUGAUGACACAUACCGUGUGUGAAUGGUUUAAAUGGACACGUGUAAAUGAGGAGAAGCUGAUAGAUUAGUAUAGAAUCUAUAGAUCACAGUUUUUUGUGAAUUGGUGUGUGAGUGGGUAUAUGAGGUGCAGUAUGCUUCUAUGUUCUAUUGCUAGGGGUUAGUAUAGGUUGAUAUCGAAAUAUGACGUUAUUGAUAACAACCUAUUGCCUGUACAGUAAGUUCGAGGCCCACGGUGUAGUAGUGCCAGUAUAGUAUGUUAGCCAUUGUCAUUUCUGUGACCCCCACUUUCUCUAUGACCAACUAAUCAGCAAAACCUGGGAUUAAAUCACUACGGACGAAACCAUGAUCAUCUUGUAUUUUUUGUUGUUGCCAUAUACAGUGAGGGAAAAAGUAUUUGAUCCCCUGCUGAUUUUGUACGUUUGCCCACUGACAAAGAAAUGAUCGGUCUAUAAUUUUAAUGGUAGGUUUAUUUGAACAGUGAGAGAUAGAAUAACAACAACAAAAUCCAGAAAAACGCAUGUCAAAAAGGAGUGCUCCUAAUCUCAGUUUGUUACCUGUAUAAAACACCUGUCCACAGAAGCAAUCAAUCAAUUAGAUUCCAAACUCUCCACCAUGAAAAAGACCAAAGAGCUCUCCAAGGAUGUCAGGGACAAGAUUUUAAACCUACACAAGGCUGGAAUGGGCUACAAGACCAUCGCCAAGCAGCUUGGUGAGAAGGUGACAACAGUUGGUGCGAUUAUUUGCAAAUGGAAGAAACACAAAAUAACUGUCAAUCUCCCUCGGCCUGGGGCUCCAUGCAAGAUCUCACCUUGUGGAGUUGCAAUGAUCAUGAGAACGGUGAGGAAUCAGGCCAGAACUACACAGGAGGAUCUUGUCAAUGAUCUCAAGGCAGCUGGGACCAUAGUCACCAAGAAAACAAUUGGUAACACACUACGCCGUGAAGGACUGAAAUCCUGCAGCGCCCGCAAUGUCCCCCUGCUCAACAAAGCACAUAUACAGGCCCGUCUGAAGUUUGCCAAUGAACAUCUGAAUGAUUCAGAGGAGAACUGGGUGAACGUGUUGUGGUCAGAUGAGACCAAAAUCGAGCUCUUUGGCAUCAACUCAACUCGCCGUGUUUGGUGGAGGAGGAAUGCUGCCUAUGACCCCAAGAACAGCAUCCCCACCGUCAAACAUGGAGGUGGAAACAUUAUGCUUUGGGGACAGGACAACUUCACCACAUCAAAGGGAACUGUUGAUUGUACCAUCAAAUAUUGGGUGAGAACCUCCUUCCUUCAGCCAGGGCAUUGAAAAUGGGUUGUGGAUGGGUAUUCCAGCAUGACAAUGACCCAAAACACACGGCCAAGGCAACAAAGGAGUGGCUCAAGAAGAAGCACAUUAAGGUCCUGGAGUGGCCUAGCCAGUCUCCAGACCUUAAUCCCAUAGAAAAUCUGUGGAGGGAGCUAAAGGUUCGAGUUGCCAAACGUCAGCCUCGAAACCUUAAUGACUUGGAGAAGAUCUGCAAAGAGGAGUGGGACAAAAUCCCUCCUGAGAUGUGUGCAAACCUGGUGGCCAACUACAAGAAACGUCUGACAUCUGUGAUUGCCAACAAGGGUUUUGCCACCAAGUACUAAGUCAUGUUUUGCAGAGGGGUCAAAUACUUAUUUCCCUCAUUAAAAUGCAAAUCAAUUUAUAACAUUUUUGACAUGCGUUUUUCUGGAUUUUGGAAUUUUAACCUACCAUUAAAAUUAUAGACUGAUCAUGUCUUUGUCAGUGGGCAAACGUACAAAAUCAGCAGGGGAUCAAAUACUUUUUUCCCUCACUAUAUCCCCCUUAUAUCAGUUUUUUUACAGUGCCGUGAAAAAGUAUUUGCCCCAUGUCUGAUUUUCUGUAUUAUUGCACAUUUUCACAUUGAAUUUGGUCAGAUCUUUUUGUGGGUUGUAGUGAUAUAGUCUGGAAAGGGUUCCAAAGCCAAAUCUAAGGCUCUGGGGCUCCACCGAACUGAAGCGCAGCUGGGUCAUGCAGCAAGACAAUGAUCCAAAACACACAAGCAAGUCUACAUCAGAAUGGUUGAAGAAUAAGAAAUUGAACGUUUUGGAAUGGCCUAGUCAAAGUCCAGACUUAACCCAAUUGAGAUGUUGUGGCAGGACCUGAAACAAGCAGUUCAUGCACAAAAACCCACAAAUGAGUUGAAGCAGUUCUGCAUGGAGGAGUGGGCCAAUAUUCCUCCACGGUGCUGUGAGAGACUAAUUGAUAACUACAGGAAGCAUUUGGUCGCAGUUAUUGCAGCUAAAGAUGGCAUAACUAGUUAUUGAGUCUAAGGGGGCAAUAACUUUUUCACACGGGGCCAUUUGGUGUUGCAUAACUUUCUUUAAUAAAUAAAUAUGUAUUGUUUCUUUGUAUGUUAUUUGUUCACUCAGGGUCCCUUUUAUAUAAUAUUAGGUUUUGGUUGAAGAUCUGAUAACAUUCAGUGUCAAAAAUAUGCAAAAAUGCAGAAAAUCUGACGGGGCAAAUACCUUUUCACAGCACUGUACUAUAUGUAUUUGAAGCCAUAACAAUGUUAAUUUUUUUCUGUGAGUAUUGCUUCAAGGUGUUUCAUAUGGAGCAUAUUUUUUUGGUAACCAUCAAACCGGUUGUCCUCAUGUUUUUUCCCCCACUUUUAUUUUCUUAUUUUGUUUGAAUUGAAGAUUUUAUUGAUCACACACCAAGACCAAACUGUGCAGCAGGCCAUGUGGUGGUGUUUGUUCCAACGCUACGUUAGUGCACUGUUGUGACAAUAAAUCUGAACUCAAAGGGCUCAGAUCACGACUCAGUGUCUUCAUUGUGUCCAGUUUAAAAUGUUUUGUAAAACUAUUAUGUAGUAAGCACACUAAAUGUCUGUAUUGUCAGUGCUGUAUGUGUGAGGUCUAACACCAGCCUACCUAUAAUAGAACAACCCGUAAAGGUACCCUACAAUGGGUUACAACAUAAUAGAAUAAGCAAUAGAUAGCACCACAUCAGAUCUGGGUUCAAAUACAUUAGUAUUUUGUUAUUUGUUAUUUAACUAAUUAUUUGCUGUGUUUCUGAGUAUUUUCAAAGAAUGUGGCCCGAAUCAACUACUUAUAUUGUAAGUAUUUGAAAGUAUUUUCAAAUAAUUUCCUACAAAUAACCUCCUAUUUGAAAGUAUUUUCAAUUACGUAUUUCAAGUACUAUUUUCAAAUGUCUGGGUUUCAAAUACAUGGGAGUGUAUUUGAGUCAGUGUAUUUGAGUAUUUUCAAAUACUUUCCAAGUGCAUUUCCAAAUACAUUCCAGUUUUCAACUACUUGUCUUUAAAAAGAAAAAUGUAUUUGAAAGUAAUUGAAAUACCUUGAAUAGUAUUUGAACCCAGGUCUGCACCACAUACCGGUACAUACACAUAUACUGAAUCUGCAUUUGAAGAUACAUAUGUGACAAUGUAUAAAAUAAAAUUUAAAAAAUACAACCUUGAUGAUUGUUUUUCCCUGACAACUGACCUGGUGACCUUUUCUCUUGCAGACUCGUCAGGCUCGGAGGGCUAUGACCUGAUUCGCUACUACAAGAGACCGAGCUACUGUGCCAACUCUCACCUGGCACUACCCUCCAGAGAGAAAGAGAGGGAGAGGAGACCAGAGGGCAGGCUCAUCGACCCCAGGAGCAGAGUCAGGAAGCUUCAGGGCAUCUCCCUACGCCGGAGGAAGUGA